AUGGCUCUGAGCACUGUGGCACUCAAGGCUGUCAAGCAAUGCAACAGCAACAACAACAACAGCAGCAGCAACACCAAUCAGAGCAACAACAACAGCAGCAGCAGCAGCUCCAGCAGCGAGUGUAGUUCCAGCAGCAGCAGCAGCGGCAGCAGCAGCAGCAACAGCAGUAACUCUCCAGCAACAUCUUCAUCAGCAGCAGCAGCAGCCGCCGCAUCGGGCAACAAUUCCGCCGACUUCAGUGCAUUCGAUUUCAACGAUAGCUCCGAUAAUUCCGAUACGCCUUUAGUGCCACGCGCGCCUUUCCUUAGCCGUGCCGCAGCAGCAGCGGCGGCAGCAGCAGCCGCCGCGCUAAGCUCCAGCAGCGGCAGCAACAGCAGCAGCAUUGGCGAUGCCAACAUCAGCAGCAGCAUUCCCACAAGCAGCAGCAACAACAACAUUGCCACCAGCAGCAGCAACAACAAUGCCAAUUCGCUGAGCAACAAUAGCUUGCAUAGCAGCAGCCACAACAACAACAACAACAGCAGCAGCCGCAGUCGCAGCCGCAGCAGUCGCAGCAGCAGCAGCAGCCAAAGCAGCGAGGACAGCAACAGCGGUACGACAACAGCAGCGCAGGCAGCAGCAGCAGCAGCGGUUGUAGCAGCAGCAGUGAAUGCGCUGCAAAAUGGCAAGCAACAGCAGCAGCAACAGCAACAGCAGCAACACUAUAGUGUCAGCAGCAACAACAACAACAACAAUAACAGCAGCAACGUUGUCAAGCGUCGCACUUGUGACAUAGAUGAGGAGGAAGAUGAUCAGCUGGACGAGGAUGAAGACGACUAUGAUGAUGAAGAAGAGGAGGACGAAGAUGACGACGACGACGUUGCCAUGGAUCAGCAGCACAUCAACAACAGCAGCAGCAGCAUCAAUAACAACAACAACAUCAAUGUGCAUGCGCUGCCAGCAGCGCAGCCAGCAAUGCCCACAGAUCUGCGUCAUAGCCUCAAUGCGCAUGAGCCAGCCGACUACGACGACGAUGACGAGGACGAAGCAGAAGACGAGGACGAAGACGAGGACGACGACGAGGUAACGAGCAAUCAUUUGGACACUCGCAAAUCUGUCGCAGCUGCGCAUCUAAGCAACGCAGUCGUCGCCGCUGCUGCCGAAAGUAGUGGCCUGCAUAUGAGCGCAGUGGCUGCAGCCGCGGCAGCAGCAGCAGCAGCUGCGCCGCAGUCGCAAAAGCUGAAUGCAGCCAAUGUAGCAGCGGCCGCACAGCUCGAACAUCAUAAUCAGAACGCCAGUUCAGUCUUGGACAUGGGCAGCAGCGCCAGUGCCAGCGGCUCUGGCCUACCAAUGGGACCAGCUCCCAGCAGUCUCAUGUGUGGCAACAGCAACACGAGCUUCUCAACCAACAACAACAGCAAUCAUGCGCUCAGCUCGGUCAACUUGGGCAGUGAGCAGCAGCAGCCAAUGCGUCUAAGCAGCACAUCGUCGCAUCAUCAGCAACAGCAGCAGCAACAUCAGCAACAGCAGCAACAUCAGCAGCAGCAGCAACAGCUGCAAAUGCAAUCAAGUGCUGGCAGCGGCGGCAGUGGCAGCGGCAGCGCAGCCAGCGAGCGUCGCAAGUAUCGCCAUCAAAACUAUAGCAAAAAUAUCUACAUUGGCACCAAAAACGCCGAAAAAUGGGAGCACAUGCGCACUCGUUUGCAGUUCAAGAACGAUGUCGAAUUUGUUGCCUAUCUACUUAACCUAGCCGACAACGAUACGGAUCGCCUCAACAACUUGCCGCCUCCCUCGCCGGCUCACACGCCCACCAAGGGCUUUGAUGGCAACUUUAAGCUGGAGCCCAAUCUGAGCGUUAAAGACUUUGCUCCCAACGCCAACGACAACACCAAUGGCAAUGGCAAUGUCAGCCUGGACUCCAGUGUAGCAGCCUUGGUAACGCCCACGCCGCCGCAGCGCAAACGCUACAAGAAGCGCGUGCAAUUCAGCAGCGAUGCACUCAAUGGCUUCGCAGCAGGCGGCAGCACUAGCAGUGGCCAAAGGAGCAAAGGACACGGCAGCUAUAACAAUAGCAAUAGUAAUAGCUUUGUCAAGUCCAAGAAGCAGGAGGCCAAAGCGGCAGCUGCUGCUUUAAAGGCAGGCGCUGCACUUGCCGCCGCAACAGCUGCAGCCGCAGCGGCCUCCUCAGCGCUGCCCGAGGUGCUCGACUGUCGCAUAGCGGAGAAGAUCAAGAGCGAGCUAGAGGCUAGCGGCAACAAGGAGUCGCUGCCCAGUGCGCUUUGCCUGAAGAAAGCGGCGGCUGCAGCGGCCGUAGCAGCAGCGGCGGCAGCAGCAGCGGCCUCACAUGGCGGCGCACAUAGCGAUGAUGAGGACGACGACGAUGACGAGCAGCAGCAGCAGCAGCAGCAUCUGGCGCAUUUGGGUGCAGCUGCUGACAAUGUGGAUGGACAGCUGUCCAGCUUUCAUGUGCGUGGCGGCAAGCUGAGCAAGAAGUCGCAGGCUGCCGCCAAGGCCAUGAUGCCGCCACAUAGCUACGAUGAACCGGAGGAUGACUCUGUGCCGGCGGGCGCUGACGAUGACGACGACGAUGAUGAGGAGCUGGAUGAGGAGGCGCUGGCGCGCGAAAUGAAAAUGGAGCAGAACUUUGUCGAGGAGGAGGACGAGCAUGACAUUGCCUUUAGAUCGCAGCAGUCCUGUCGCGACUGCUCCAUUGCACAUGACCACAAGCUGUGUCCGCUGCGCAAUGCCUGCGGCAAUGUAACCGAUGCCGUCGAUCUGGCCGAGUGGAUUGAACGACGCAAUCUGGAGGCGCUGGCCAAGCUCAAGGCGGAUGCGCAGCGUCAGGCCAAGCAUGGCCGGCAGCGACAUGUGGACGACGAAGACGACAUGGAAGACAUGGACAUGGAUGAGUCAUCGCAGCUGUCCGAGCUGGAGACCAAGCCGCUUAUCACGUUCGCCGAAGCGUCCGUGCCCGCGGAGUUCGAGCUGCACAAUGUGGAGCCGAAUGUCACCGGCGUCUUUGCACGCACCGAGGUGCGCGCCUACACCAAGCUCGGCCCGCUCAUUGGCCAGCCCGUGCAGACGGGCGAGGUGCGCGAGGGCAGCGACAUGAAGUGGAUCUUCGAGAUGUGCGAGGCCGGCGCCGACAAGUCGUAUCUGCUCUGCUGCGACAAUCCCAACGCCUCCAACUGGCUGCGCUUCAUACGACCCGCGCCCAGCUACGACGAUCGCAACGUCAAUCUCGUCUCCAUCGAUCGCCAGGCGUACUUUGUCAGCUGCCGCGACUUGCGCAAUGGCAUGGAGCUGCUCUACUGGAGCGACGACUGCAACACCAUGUGGCGCAAGAAGCACACCGAGAAAAUCAACUGCGGCGGCUGCAAUCUGAAGUUUGAGCAUCCGCUUUACUAUCGCACGCACUGCUCGGUGUUCCAUGAUCCAUCGAUGAGCCUCACCAUACGGAAAUAUCAUUGCAAGGUCUGCGGCGAGGCCGUGCUGGGCAAGGACAAUAUAAUGAAGCAUGCGGCGGAGAAGCACGAGGGCAAGGGCGCGUAUCAGUGUCAGUUUUGCAACAAGUUCUUCCUGCGGCUCAACUAUCUGGAGAUGCAUCGCACCUAUGGCUGUGCCUCGAAUCCGAAUCGAUCGCGACCCGUUUGCGAUUUCUGUGGUCGCAAGUUCUGUCAGCCGCAGAAGCUCAAGGCGCACAUUAAGCGCGUGCACAGUGAUAUGGCUGAUGUUUUACGAGAUUUUCAGUGUAAAUUAUGUUCAAAACUUCUAGGAUCGCGUGCGGCAUUGCAGCGCCACUCGAAGGAGGUGCACAGCCGCAACUCAACCGUGGUCAGUUGUCCGCGCUGCCAGAAACUCUUCCAGAACCGCAGCAAUCUGAAGAUCCACAUGCUAACCCAUUCGGGUGUGCGUCCGUUCAAAUGCGCCGAGCCCGAGUGCAAUGCAGCGUUUACCACCAAGCAGUGCCUGCAGUUCCAUUACAAGAAGGUGCACAACUAUACGCAGGAGCAGAUGCCCAAGAUCGAGCGCAGCGUCGCGUACACCUUCGACGCCUACUCCGGGGGCAUGAAGGUGGACUUUUUGGAGCAAGCACCGCGUCGGCGCCGCAAGAGUCUCGAGGAUCAUCAGAACCAGAACUCCAUGCUGAGCAGCAGCAUGCAGAGCGACACGGAGUUCAGCGACGACAACAUCUUCGAUGCCAUCAAGAAGAGCGGCAAGUCCAUCAAGGAUUUGUGUCGCAAUGAGCCGAACCUAUCGCUGCUGAGCUCCAAGAUUUCCAGCAUAUUCGGUGGCGACAAGGUAGCCCCAGUGGCGGCCACAUCAUCGGCUGCAGCAGCAGCGGCGGCGGCGGCAGCAGCAGCAGCAGCCGCUGCUGUUGGACGCAAGCGCAAGCGCAAAAAGGACACAACGCUGACGCUGGCAGCGGCGCAGCAGCAGCAGCAACAACAGCAGCAGCAGCAGCAACAGUUAGCGCAGCAGCAGCAGCAACAACAGCUCGCGCAGCAGCAACAGCUGGCGCAGCAGCAGCAGCAACAUGCGCAGCAAUGCGCGCAGCAGCAGCAGCAGCAACAUGCACAGCAGCAACUGCAUGGCGUGCAUUUGGAUGCGCAUCAGCAGCAUCCGCAGUAUCAUCAUGUGCAUCAGCAGCAGCAACAGCAGCAGCAGCAGCAUCAUCAGCAGCAGCAGCAGCAUCAACAGCAUGCGCAUCAGCAGCAGCUGCACGAUGCCGACGAGGAGGAGCAACAUGCGCGACUGGAGCAAGUGCGACGCAAGCAGAACGCGCAACUGAGUCUCGUCGAGUCGUUCUUGACCAGCACAGCGCAGCGUCUGAGCGCGCAGCAGCAAGUGCAACAGGUGGUGGCUGCAGCGGCUGCCGUUUCGGCCAUGGCGGGCGCUGGCGAGGAUCAAGCCAAGCUGGGUCAUAUGAUGGGUCACAUGGCAGGCGUGGGUGUUGGCCUGGACGAUGAUGAGGAUGAUGACGAUGAUGACGACGAGGCGCAUCAGCAACAGCCACAGCAGCAUCAACAUCAGCAGCAGCAUCAGCAGCAUGCUCAUGCUCAUGCUCAUGCGCAUCAUAGCCACGCCCAUGCGCAUGCCCAGCACGCCGCGCAGCAGGCGCAACAUAGCGACGCCAGCUAUCGCCAUGUGGCCGCCAUGAAUGCCGCUGCGCUGGGCCAGAAUCUGGUCGUCAGCAAGGGCAGCAAGAAGUGGAUUGGCGCCGACGAUCGCCAUUUGAGCGAUGGCAGCGAGGUAACCAACGACGCCGUUGCCGGCGGCAGCGCUGCCAACUGCGCGCAGCUUGUGGCCGGCAGCAAUGUUGCUGCUGGUGCCGGCGACUUGGGCUUUGCGGUGCCGCCCAGCGCUGUGGACGAGCACAGCAAGCUGCUCGGACAGAAUCGCGACUUUCUGGCGCGCCUGAUGAACAGCGCCAGCCAUCAGCAUCAGCAUGCGCAUCCGCAUCCGCACAGCAGCACACCCGUCGAGGAGGACGAAGAACAGCUCCUUCCUGACGUCUCGAGGUCGAACAACAAUGCCGCUGCCGCCAACGGCGGCUCAGCGGCUGCAGUGGCAGCGCGCGCAGCAGCAGCUGCUGCAGGCAGUGCGCCACCUGGCGGCAGCACGCCCACUGGCGCGCCAUCGGGCCCCAGCAGCCUAGAGCCGCCGCCCGCAGCCGCAAGCUGCAAUGAACUCGCUGACCACUCGCAGUCGUUCAUGAGCAGCUUCUACAAUAAUGCGAACGCUCGUCUUAGUGGCGCCGGCGGCGGCGGCGGCGGCUCAUCCUCGGCCAGCAUGCUGGUGGAGGCGGCGCUCAAUUCAGUGGGCAAUAUGAUUGAUAGCGAGAGCAGCGAUAUGAAGGUACCCAACGAUAAUCACAUCAACAGCGACAGUCCCAUGAGCGCGCAUGUUGAGCCCGAUUCGCAGCGCUUUGAUGCUGGAGCGAGUGCUACAGGUGCUGGUGGUGGUGGUGGUGGUGGUGCUGCCGCUGGCGGCUCCAGUGGCGGCAUGGACAAUCUGGAGAACGAGCUGAAGCUUAUGAAGAACCUGGGCAGCUUUCCCAUGCAGAUACCGCCGUUGCCCAUGUUCCAAAGCGCCUGCAACAUUUCGCCGAACGCCAGCACGCCAACAAAUCCGCAGAGCAAUCAGGCACAGAACGAUGUGGAUGUGGAUGCGGGCAGCACGCCACGCCCGCAGCCCAAUGAUGCGGAUGGCUUCAGUGCUGCGCAUCAUCGCACGCCGCCUUCGCCGCCGCCCAUAUCGCCGGGACGCGACUACGCGGGCAUGUUUGGUGCUGCUGCCGGCGGCGGCGGCGGCAAUGCAUCAGCUGCUGGUCCCAGCACGCCCGUGGGCAGUGCCAGCGGCGGCGCUGCGCCGCCAACGGGCGGCAACAAUUUGUCAGCAUCGUCGCCGCUGCCGGCGCUGCAGCCGCAGCGACGCAAUGCGUCCAGCGUGGGCAGCACAUAUCCCGAGCACGAGCUCAUCUCGCCGGCCUCCUCGCCGAGCAUACCGCGCUACAACUUCAAUGGCAACGACAUGAUGCGCCACAAGCGCGUCGUCCAGGAGCAAGAGCAGCAGGAGCGACGCCACAACAUCUCGCGGCACAAUCAAAUGUCCAGCGACGAGGAGAACAGCAUUAUGCCGCAGAAUAGUGCUGGGCAGGACAUGCGCAUGAAGUUCCCGCAGUCGCAGAUCGAUCUGAUGUACUCCAAGUACGAGAGCAUGGCCAGCAACUUGAAGUACAACAGCCAGGAGCUCGACUCGCCCGCCGAGUAUCGCCAGAGCAGCAACAGCAAUGCGGCGAGCGCUGCUGCUGCCGCUGCCGCCGCCGCUGCGGCCGCUGCUGCCAAUGACAUGUCCGAUCUGCAGGGACUGGACAUGAGCUCGCGCUCGAAUGCGUCCAGCAAUUAUCAUCACAACUUUCAGCUGCCGAGCAGUCGCUAUCACCAUCACAUCUAUGACAUACUCUCGGAUCGGGAGCAGAGCCAGCAGGCGCAGGCGCAGCAGCAGACGCCGGCGUCGGCGCUGCAUCAGGAGCAUGGCGGACAUGGCGGCCAUGGCAGUCAGCUGGCCAUGCAGCAGCAUCAGUCGGCGGCCAUGCACAAUAUGCUGAGCGAGCAGCUGGGCGAGCAGGAGCACGACCAGACCACAUCGGUGGAUCUGAGCCGCACGGCCAACUAUGUCGUGUCCUCGCCGCCGCAGCUGCCCUACAAUCAUCCGCAUCACGAUAUGCUGCGCAUGGCCUCGCUGGAUCUGACGCCGAACACCGCCAACAUGGCGGUGGGCAACAAUCGCUCGUUCCUCUCCUCGCAGAUGCAGCAUCAGAGUCGCGAGAGUCUCGAGCAUCAUCGGCUGCUGUCCACCGUGGAGCAGCAUCGCAUAUUGGCCGCCUCGAAUGCCGCUGCGGCGGAUCAGCAUCGACUGCUCGUCGAUCCCACCGCCCAUCUAAUUAUGGAGCAGAACAAUCGUCUCGGGCUUGGCCCAGCCGAUCAGUCACGUCUGCUGGGCGAGUCCGCAGCUGCGGCAGCACAGAAUCGUCACAUGGCCCGCAGCUUCGGAGCUUACCAUCAGGUAGCCUCGAGCAAUUACCAUCCGGGCGUGCGGCCACCGCCGGUGCUGCCAUCGGCCAAUCAUCAUGCUUCCAAUCCAUCAAACUAUCAUCCAUUCCCAGCCUAUUACUAGACCCCAGACCCCAGCCAAAGUUGACAAUUGGGACAGCGUGCAAUGCAAAAAAUAACAGUAAAAUGCCCAAUGAGCUAAUGGCAGCCCAUAUGAAUGCAAAUGAAUCCAUUCAAAGCACUUAUAGUUAGCUAAAUGAAUCAUUUCAUUUCAAGCGAUAUUCCAUUCCAGUGAGCUGAAUUUCAAUUAUAUAAUCUCCAUUUGAUUGUUAAUUUACAAAUGAUUCAAAUCAACAACACUCGAAUCGAAAUGAUUCAAAUCAUUCAGCUCACUUCAUUUCACUUGAAUUAAUUCAAAGAAUUAAACUCAAGCAAACUUCAAUUCAAUUUCCAACACAAUUCUUUUCAUUUCAUUAAGCUCUGACUCAUGUGCCAUGUGAUUCAUUUGCAACUCACUUUGACUAACUACUCACGAGUCCUUGAUUAUAUAGUUGAAUUCUUUCUCAAGCGCAAAUACAUAUGUUUCAAACGUAACAAGUUUUGUUCCUCGGUUUUAUU